AAUCGGGCUGGGCCCGCUGGGGUUGCUUAACGGGAAAUUCACAUCCCAAUCCAAUCUGCAAUAUCAUCAUCAUCAUCAUCUAUUUCCAAAACAAAAGCAGGUGAGCAAGCAAGAAAGCCAGAGCAGCAAAAUCCAAGGAAUUCAAGCAAAACAAAGAUGAUUCUACCAACCCAAUCUUCACUCUCCAAUCUCUCCAUACAUUCUCCAAUCAUCCCCUUAACAACAAUCAACUCCUCUUCAACUCAUCACAAACACCAAUCACACACUCUCCCGCUAUCAACAGCUAUUUCAUUCCCCCAAUUUAAACCCCACAACGCCGCCGCUCUCACAUUGAAACGACGUCGUCGUUUCAGUCCCUUUCGUGUCUUGUCUUCAGUGGCUUCUCCUCCAGCAGCAACUGAAAUUACAAGUACCAGCACCAAACCAAGCCCCGCAGAGGUUUCGAGAACCAUCAUGGAGUUGACUUCAGUAGCCACUCUUUCUACUUUGACUCCCCAGGGAUUUCCUCUUGGUAUCGGGGUUCGCUUUGCGGUGGAGCCUCAACAAGGCACUCCCAUUCUCUGUUUGAACCCCUCUUUUUUCCCCUCUGACUCUAAAUCCAGUCUCCAUGUCCAGUUGGAGCAAUGUGGAUUGAGGACUCCCCAGUGUACCAUUCAGGGCUGUCUUGACAAACCUCAAGAUGCAUCUGACUUGAAGAAGUUUCAAUCAAUAUGGAGAAAGAGGUUUAAUGAAGAUGUGGACGAAGAACUCAUACAUAUUGUUGCUGUGGAACGCAUACUUCAGACUGAAGAUUUUAUGGAGGAUGGUGUAUGGUUUACUUCUUUGGACUACAAAAUGGCAGUACCUGACCCACUCCGAGACUAUGCGGAAAGCAUCAUUCAGGAAAUCAACACUAAUAACAUGGAAGAUAUUCACCGCUUUUGCAACGUAUAUGUUGAUUUAAAUUUCCAGGUGUCCAAAGCUAAUAUGAUAUGGGUUGAUCGGUUAGGUUUUGAUGUGCGUUUAACCUCUCCUCAAAAUGAUGUCUUUGAGGUUCGAAUACCUUUCCCCAGGGAAGUCACAGAUGAGAAAGGUGCAAAAUCGUCUUUUAACUGUAUGUCGCAACUUGCUUGGGAAAUGGAAAAGCAUUAUCAUGCCCAAGAUUACAAAAAGGUGAAUCAAGUGAAGAAAAUCACAAGCAGAAGCCAUUGAGCGCCAUCGUCCAAACUCUCUACAUGAUAUAGCUGUAACCUGCAAGGAGUUUCCACUGAUGAAAUGACUUGCAGGUUAUGAUGAUUUCACUGGUGAAGAGAUUUUCUAGUAAGCUGUUAUAAAUUGGUGUCUUGAUAAAAAGCAUCUCUCUGCUUUAAGUUAUAUAUGGAUGAUGAAAAGUAAAGGAACAUUUGCAGUAAUAGCGGCAUUGAUCAGGGAGGAAGAGACUUGAAGAAUUAUACCGGCUAGCAGAGUACCAGUAGUAGUACCAUAAGAUUUAUGUGUUGACCUGGCUGAGCUGUAAACCAACUAUUUUUAUAUUUUGUGCUCUAAAUGGUUUGUACUUGUUA